CUUUUAUUAUGGUGUGUAUUCCACGACCAACCGGAAGAAGCGCGUUGUGGUGGUCGGCAUUUAAAUACCUCUACAAAGCAAAUAAGUGUCAUUCCCAUAUAAAUAUGAACCGAAUUUUCGGUCGGAGCAAACAAGCGGCGUCUCCCAACCUUUCUGACUGCAUAGGCAAUGUGGACACGAGGAUUGAGUCAAUCGACAAGAAAAUAGCGAGAAUCGAUGCCGAGCUCAUGAAGUAUAAGGACCAGAUGAAGAAGAUGAGGGAUGGACCCUCAAAAAAUACAGUGAAGCAGAAGGCAAUGAGAGUGCUGAAACAGAAGAGAAUGUAUGAGGGCCAAAGAGAUCAACUUUCUCAACAGUCUUUUAAUAUGGAACAAGCCAACUAUACAAUCCAGUCUUUAAGGGACACCAAAACAACAGUGGAAGCUAUGAAGAUUGGAGCAAAAGAAAUGAAGAAAGCAUACAAACAAGUGAAGAUGGAUCAGAUUGAAGACCUGCAGGAUCAACUGGAGGACAUGAUGGAAGAGGCCAACGAAGUACAGGAAGCUCUCAGUCGCAGCUACGGCACACCAGAGAUCGACGAGGAUGAACUGGAAGCAGAACUGGAUGCUCUGGGAGAUGAGUUGCUGCUGGAUGAUGAUAGCUCUUAUUUAGACGAAGCCUCAUCUGCUCCCUCUAUUCCUGAAGGAAUGCCCAGUGACACCAAAACUAAUAAGGAUGGCGUUCUGGUGGAUGAGUUUGGCCUGCCACAGAUCCCUGCUACAUAAGAAUCUGUUCUCAGAGGAGUUUUUUUUUUUUUUUUUUUUGGUAUGGUGGAAGAAGUGUUUUUGUGUUGGUGUUUAAGUUUUCUUGCAUUCAUUACCCAGUCUAGCACAUGGCUUUGUAACUAUAAUGUGUUGAACAUAAUAUUCUAAGUUUAUUUAGAAUUCAACAUUCAAUUUUGCAGUCACUUUUAGUUUUUAGUUAUCCAAAAAAGGCUCAUUGCAUGUGGGUCAAAGACAAAAGGCAAGGCAAGGCAAGGCUAGUGUAUUUAUAUAGCACAUUUCAUACACAGUGGUAAUUCAAAGUGCUUUACAUAAACAAGAAUAAAAGAAAUAAGUAUAAGAAAUAAAAACAGCAAAGAAUAAAAGUAAUUAAGAACAAGGAAUAAAAAGAAAAGAAAGACAUAAUAGUGUGAUCUGUCAGACAUGGCACAGUGCUCAUUAAGUAAAGGGGUUUAAAAGCAUCAGAAUAAAAAAGGCAAUUAGGAUACUUACAACAAGAGUCAUUCUAUGGCUUUAUUUAUGAACAUAACUUGCCAACAGAUUAAAAAAAAUAACUUAAUGUUAUUAACCCUGCUUGAGUUUCCUUCCGCUGAACACAAAAAUGCUGAUAACCUAUAGACUGUUGUUUUAGGACACAAAAAUAAUAUGGAAAUUAAUGCGUACUUCCAGUUGGUAGAAGUAGAAAUAUUUCUGCUUGUGUUUAACAAAAAAAUAAUAAUAAUUUGUAUAGGUUUGGAACAAGUAAAAGUUGGAAAAAUUAGUGGGGUGGGGGGUGGGGGACCAAUGAAUGGUCAAAAUAAUUAUGCUGUUUCAUUUUUCCAUAAAUAUAUCUGCUAUGCUGAAUGAUGAUGGAACAUUAUUUCGACACUUUAUUUUCCCAAAACAUUAUUUGAACCAUUAAAACAGACACUUACAUUAAACUUUCAUUUUCUAUGUACCUGUACAUAAAAUGACUUUAGUAGAUUUAAUUUAACUAAUUUAAAAUAGGACUCUUUUAACUGUAUAUCUUUAUUAAUCGUAUUUUUGGGUCACCAACUAUGAAUUGCCUCAUUUUGGGGCUUAAGAACACUACAAAGAACUGUGGAAAUUUAAUAAAACACCACAACUUUUUUUGGAGUAAGGAUUUUAUUUUCAAACAUCUUACUCUUGUUUAAUGUUGUUAAUAACAAAUAAGCUCAUUUUGUAUUGUAGCAGGGUCUCAUUUGAAAUUUACAUUUGUCAUGUGAAAUAAAAUCUGUGUCCUUGUCAGGAGUAAAUAUGUCUUUACUCUAGAGCUUGUUGACAUGUUGAACAUUAUUGUUGACGCAAAACCAAGUUUUUCAGCUCAGUUCUGGGUUGCAUGAAUGAAGAACCUGCUUGAAGCGGCACUGUACAGCAGUGUAGUACAAAUAAUGCUUGACGUAUUACUUGGUCAUGUUUUUUAACCCCAUUAACACAUCAAGAUCUGAAAUGUGAAAUGCAUCAUUGGAGUCCGAGAUGCAAUAAAGUGUUUUUUUAAGAGCAGAG